GGGAAAAAUAAAGCCUUCGCCCAUGCUUGACUGACAAACUGGAAGCCUCCAUGUAUUGCCAAAGUCAGUCAACUGAAGGAUUUGUCAGCAUGUCCCUCCCUUGACUUCCAUGCACCUCGCCUGCCUUAUAGUCACCUACGACUUGCUCUAUUCAGAGCCUAUCUUAGGGUUGUGCUCCAUUUGGAGUCUGCAUCAGCUCCAUUUGUCCAAUGGGUAACUGCUGCACGGGCUCUGCAAAGUGUGCCAAUGCCUCCACUCCAUUUGAAUCAAAGGUGACAAGGAGCACGGCGUCCAACAAUUCGGCGGCAGGCUUGGGCUUGGGCUUGGCCACCGCCAAGCUCGCGUCGCGCCGCAGCAGCGGCAGGUCGUCGGCCUUCUCCGGGCAGCUGCCCGGAGGUGGAGGUGGAGGCGGCUCCGACGUGGUGGACGGGCUCAAGUCGUUUAGCAUGAGCGACCUCCGCGCGGCGACCAAGAACUUCGGGUCGAGCUCGUACCUUGGCGAGGGCGGGUUCGGGUGCGUGUACAAGGGGUGGAUGGACGAGGCGACGCUUGCUCCGACCAAGCCCGGCGUUGGCCGCAUGGUGGCCAUCAAGAAGCUCAAGAAGGAGAGCUUCCAGGGCCACAGGGAGUGGCUGGCCGAGGUCACCUACCUGGGCGAGCUCCACCACGAGAACCUCGUCAGGCUCGUGGGCUACUGCUCCGACUCCGACAGCAACAAGCUGCUGGUGUACGAGUACAUGGUGCGCGGCAACCUGGAGAACCACCUGUUCCGGCGGGGCACGCAGCCGCUGUCGUGGCCGAUGCGCGUGUCCAUCGCCGUGGACGUCGCGCGCGGCAUGUCCUUUCUGCACGGCCAGGACAACCCCGUCAUCUUCCGCGACCUCAAGUCAUCCAACGUCCUCCUCGACGCCGAUUACCGGGCGAAGCUGUCGGAUUUCGGGCUGGCCAGGGACGGGCCGACGGGGGACAGGAGCCACGUCUCGACGCGCGUCGUGGGCACCCGGGGCUACGCCGCGCCGGAGUACAUCGCCACGGGGCACCUGUCGGUGAAGAGCGACGUCUACAGCUUCGGCGUCGUGCUGCUGGAGCUGCUCACGGGGCGCCGCUCGCUGCCCCAGUCCACCACCGGCGCCACCAGCGCGACGACGCUGGUGGACUGGGCCAAGCCGCAGCUCGGGGAGCGCCGCAAGGUCAUCCGGAUCAUGGACACCAGGCUCGGCGGGCAGUACCCCAAGAAGCAGGCCAACGAGGUGGCCGCGCUCGCGCUCCGGUGCCUCGACAACGACCCCAAGAACCGCCCCACCAUGGCCGACGGCAUCCUGCCGGAGCUCGAGCAGCUGCAGCAGCAGAGCCACCACAGGUCCUCCUACGCCUCAUCGACGACGCCGGUGCACAGAUCAUCAGGCCGCCACUCCAAGUCUCCAACUUGUCCAAGGUCAAGAGCUAGCUUAAUUAGCUAGGUGUUACUGUACUGGUUAGGUACUAUACCUUGUUAGUUGUUUGCUCGUUUGAUACAUGUGUAUACUACUAGAAUGAGAGAAACUUGGAUAGAGCUAUGGCAUUUUCUUUUUAAUUUUGGGUUGAGACACGCUUGAGAUACUGGCUAGGCAUUCAGCAUGGAUGAUAUAGGUUGUAUGUACGGAUCAUAGGUUUGUUUUCAGUUCAGAUUGGUGUGUGAAUGGACCAUUGGUUGUUUCUUGUACCCACAGCGGCGGCAGCGAUGACUGCCUGUUGCUAUUGCAACUACAGCUGCAAUUCUUAAACACGAGGGUCAAUUCUUACCUUGGUUAUUUUAAA